AAUAAGUGAGGGAGGGACUUAAUGAUACUAAUCCUAAUUUAAGCGAGGGAGCAUCAGCGCUAUUGGCGGCCGCUGUUCCCCUUUCCCGCGUUCGGUUCGCCUCGCCCAUUGAGGUAAUUUGAUUGGUACCAUUUCCGAAUACUGGGGUUUUGAUUUUUGAGUUUCGUAUACUUCUCUCGCCUUAAUUUUGAUUUUUUCAUCAUCCCUGCUGUUGCCGCUGAAAAAAAAAAGAAAAAAAAGCCUGUGGAUGGAAGCCCUAAUUUCUGAGCUCAAAAAAUAGACCGGGAAUGCUGUGAAUAUCAGUUGGCGGACGGUUCAGGAGGGUGGAUUGGAGCGAACAGAUAAGCUAUUAAUUUUUAAAAAAAUGGAAAUGAAGAAGAAGAAGUUGGUUACGAGAGGAGAGCUAUUAGACCGAUGGAGGGGUAUCGAAGAAGAAGACGAUGAUGAGCAGGGUCAAGACCUUCACAAGCGUCGCCGUCUCCGCCAACUCAAACAAGCAUGGUUUUCUGAUGCAUUCAACUUUUUAAUUGGCUUGCCCGACGACAAUCAUAUUUGGUGCAGCUCUUGGGAUUUGAUGGGACCUCUUCUGGAGACUUUCUAUAAUUAUUCUAUAGAUGAGCCUCAUGGUUCGCCUCUUAAGAUUUUGUGGACUAGGAUUUCUGAAGAAAUGCGACAUUGCACUCAAUGCAUCUCUCAGCACCAUCGCACCCAGGAUAUGUAUCAUAUGGAUUAUGAUCCCAGUUCCAUUGGACCUCUUCUGGAAGUAGUCCGUACUCUUGAUGAAGAAAGAAUAAGUAAAAAUCUGAAAGAGAUUAAUGCAAAAGUAGCUCAGGGGGAGUUGGAUCCAGCAUGUACUAAUGCUGAAGUUGUUUGUGUGAUGUUUGAGGUUUUGAUGUUUCCCUUCUUGUUGGAUGAUCAAUCUUUGGCUACUGAAUUUGAAAAGUUCAUUGAAGCAAUUGAUAGCUCUCACGAACUGACAUUGGCCGGACAUCAGCAGUAUCCAGGAGUUUAUGCAUUACUUUUCCUUAAAAGCAGAAGAACACGUUCUAUUGGUUUUCGGCUGGCUGCACAAAUGGGUAAUGUAAGGAGAUCAGCUGACUUGGAUCCUCUGCAGCCUUUGCUGAAGAAAUGUGUUAGUCUUCUGGAGACUGAAAUAGUGCCAUCAACUACUGAGACUUCUAGACCUAGGGUGCAGCUGGACCGAAUAACUGUAUGGCUCGGGAUUAAAGCAUUGCUUGGGUUCUUAGAACCUCCAGCAUUUGAGGAAGGGAUAUUAGACCGCUACCCUGUUUUUUUGAGUGUCGUACUUAACCAAAUUAGUGAUGAUCUUGAAUUUUCUCACGCUGUUAAUUGCCUGAGGCUGCUUUUCCAAAUGCUUGGAUAUAAGCUUUGGUGGAGAUCAACAUUGUCUCCAAGUGUUAUGUGUAAUACAUUGCUAGGUCAAUGUUUUCAUACUCGUAAUGAGAAAAGCCACAAAGAAAUUUUUGAUCUUUUCCAGCCUUUUUUGCAGUCUCUUGAAGCUUUACAAGAUGGAGAGCAUGAAAUGCAACGGAGGCAUCUUCUUUACUUCCUUUUGCAUCAAGUGACCGUGAGUAGUAACUUCAGUGUACUGAUGCGAAAAAAGGCUUGUCAGAUUGCUCUUCUCAUUGUUCACCGAGGUUACAAGAUUAACCCCCCUUGCCCACCUUAUGAAUGUGCGCACAUGUGGUGCCCUUCUCUUGUCUCUUCUUUGAAGGAUUCAUCCCUUCAUAUCUCACUGAGACAACCAGCCUUGGAUCUUAUUCAAACAGUUGUAAUUUCUGAUGCUUCUGCUUUGGUUGCCACAAUUUUGAACAAUCAUUUGCUCUCAUGUAACGAAAAAGUUGUGCCUGUUGAGGCUAAUGAUGAAAAUGACAACAAUGAAGAGCUCCUUAUUGGUGAAGAUAUUGAAGAGAAGUACACAAGUUGUUGGAAUGAAUUCCAUCUGCAGAUGAAAAAUACUACACUGACAUAUAGGGAGUGGCUGUGCAUUCCAAUGCUAUGGUUUGAUGUUCUAGUUGGAAUUGAUCCUUUGAUCCUUCCGGUAUCAUUUUCCAAAGCUGUUUUUUGGGCUCUAUCUCGUUUCUCUAUGGUAGAGGCAGAGUAUAGCAUCCGAAUGUCAGUUUCAAUAGGGGAUUUGCUGACAACCUGUGCUUCAGAAAUUUCUCAUCUUUUUGGUUGGAAGAUCCCUUCUGGUUCUGACGAUGGUGGAGAUAGAGCAGAGUCCAAAAACUCCAUUGGUGUCUCAAAAAUGUAUAUUCCUCUCAUAAGGACAUUUAGGAGGUUGGCUUCCCACUAUAUUUUCAGAAUGGAGCAAAGUGAACUGAAGAAGCAGUGGACUUGGGAGCCAGGGAUGGCUGAUAGUCUGAUUCUUUUUCUUGUUGAUCCAAAUGAUAAUGACAGACAAGUGAGUAGGCUUAUCCUUGAGCAAUUUUCAGGCGAAAAGGGCCUUACUUCUGGUCUGCGGUUUCUCUGUUCGAGCCAAUCUUCAUUGGCAGCCAUCUUUCUGGGGUUGAGGCAUGCCCUGAAACUGGUUCACUUGGAUGCUGUGUUGCUGAACUUUCAAACGCUACACCAUUUCUUCUUUGUGCUAUGCAAAUUAAUUAAAGAAGGAAAUUCAUGUAGAGAUCCAAUUGCUCGGGGUUCUCGAGGAGAUUUAAAUGUUCCAGAGUUUUCUUCCCUAGGUGGAUUUUUAAGGCAGCCUGUAAUUAAUCUGAGAAAGGACGACCUAAAUUCAUCUGUUGUCAAUUCUACAGUCUGGGAGAAAUUCUGUUGCUCAAUAUCAGAAAUGGCAUGGCCAUCUGUGAAGAAGUGUUUGGCUGAAGGCAAGGCAUUCAAAGAUGAUAAAAUAUCUCAGAUGACAAGUGUCCGUCUACUUGAGAUCCUUCCUAUUAUAUUUGGUGAACUUUAUCCAAAUUCAGGCCUCACAAUGAAAGCUAUAACUGACAUGAAGUGGCUUCAUGAUUUCAUGGAUUGGGGUAGGUCAUCACUUGCUGUGGUGGCUAGAUACUGGAAACAAGCUCUAGUUUCUUUGCUGGGUGUGCUUAAGAAGUCAUGCAGUCAAAAUACUGCUUGUGCAAUUAGGGCUGUGGAGAGGCUCAUCUCAUCAGAUAAUGUUGCAAUGGAUGAAAUGAAUGAUCAAGUCACAUGCCUCUCUCUUUCAUUGGUGGAUGACGGUUCUUCUGCAUUAAAUAAAUCAAACAUGAAACCCAAAUCAAUAUUCUCUGAAGAGCUAUUGGACGGGCAAAAUUGUUUGCUUGAAAAUGUGAAAUUGUUAUCCUCGAAUGCUGUAGAAGAACAUAUGACAGGCUUGGAUGGAUUAAUUGGUAGAGAGAGGGAUAAUGGGAUAAUUCUUCUGGAUGAUGAUGAAAAACCAGCAAUUUCUGCUGUUGAGAAGAUUCAAUCUUAUCUUGGGUUGACUCAAGAUAGUUUUGAUAAUAAGGCUUUUUCUUCUGUUCCUAUGGAAAGAACUUUGCAUUGUAAUGAAGAAAAUAAUUCUACGACUGGUUGUUUGGGAUAUUCAUCAGAAACUCUUUGCGAAGGAAGUAUAGAGGGUUUUUCACCUAUCAUUCAGAAGCUGGAGAUGGAUAAAACUGAAGGCAGAGAGUGGCCUGCACCUGACUUGAUGUUUAAGUCCAUCGAGAGUAAGGAAAAAGAGAUUAGCCCUAAACACAAUAAGAAUUACUUUUGUCCUCCACAAAAUGUAUCUGACUUAAAGUCAUCGGAUGAAAGUGUAGAUUCAGGGGGAACUGGUUCUUCCAAGUCUCAACUUGGUUGGAAAAUGAAAGCACCAGUUGGUACAAGUAAUAUCUUUAACAGCAACAGCAAGGACCACAAAAGCGAUGACAAAGUUCUAGAAAAAAGUCAUCUAGUCACAAACAAGGUAUUACAUCAUGAUAGAGAAGAUGAUUCAUGGGAUUUUUCGUUUUUCAAGUCAGCAAGGCCUCACAAAUCACUGUUAUCCAAACCAAGCAACCCUGGUGCUAAACGACAAGUCAUUCAACUCAACUUACCCAUGCAAAACAGGUCUGGGAGCUGGAGGCUGAAUCUUGAAAAGGGAAGAUUUAAGGCUCCCAGGCUUGAUGAUUGGUAUAAGGCAAUUCUAGAGUUGGAUUACUUUGUGACAGUUGGAUUAGCAUCAGAAGACAAAGGUGGGAAUAGGAAGUUUGGCAAAUUGAAGGAGGUCCCUGUUUGUUUUAAAUCACCUGAUGAAUAUGUUGAAAUUUUUCGUGCACUAGUACUAGAAGAAUUUAAGGCACAGCUUCACAGUUCUUUUCAGGAGAUGACAUCUUUAGAUGAGAUGUGUUAUGGAGGUAUUUCUGUGCUGUCUGUUGAGCGAAUUGAUGAUUUUCAUAUGGUUCGCUGUGUCCAUGAUGAAGCUGAAUCCUCGGGUUCUAGGAGCUUCUUGGAGAAUGAUCUCAUAUUGCUUACUAGGCAACCAUUGCCACGUUCUUUCCAUGGGGACAUUCACGUGGUUGGGAAGGUUGAAAAGCGUGAAAUAGACAUUAAAAGAAGAUCAAGUGUCUUAGUUCUCAGACUGUAUCUGCAAAAUGGAUCUUCUCGUCUUAAUCGAGCUAGAAAGUUUCUUGUUGAACGAAGUAAAUGGUGCAUUAGUCACAUUAUGAGCAUUACACCUCAACUCCGAGAAUUCCAAGCAUUGUCAUCAUUAAGAGAAAUUCCUUUGCUUCCUGUUAUCUUGAAUCCAGCCUGUCAUACUGGUGUUAAUAAUUCUAGAAGAGAAAAUCUUGGCAGAUUGUCUCAGCCUUUGCAGCAGGUUUUAAGGUCCUCAUAUAAUGGCUCUCAACUGCAAGCUAUCUCUGCUGCUAUUGGAUCAUUUGAUUUGAAAAAGGAUUUUGAAGUGUCCCUUGUACAGGGUCCACCAGGGACUGGUAAGACUAGAACAAUUUUGGGAAUUGUGAGUGGUUUGCUAGCAUUUUCCCGGACUAGGGAUAAGAAAAGAACGGGAAGUCGGGAUCCAUCUUGUACGACUAGCUCUGACAUGCAUUCCAGAUCACAGAUCAAUCAGUCUGCUGCGAUUGCAAGGGCAUGGCAGGAUGCAGCAUUGGCCAAGCAACUACAUGAAGAGGAAGACAGGAGCACCAAGUCCUCUGGCAGUUGCAGUAGAGGACGGAUUCUCAUCUGUGCUCAAUCCAAUGCUGCAGUUGAUGAGUUAGUGUCUAGAAUAUCAACUGAAGGGCUUUAUGGUUGUGAUGGACUGAUAUAUAAACCAUAUCUUGUUAGAGUUGGCAAUAUCAGGACUGUUCAUCCGAAUUCACUGCCUUACUUUAUUGACACACUUGUUGAUCAGCGUGUGGUUGAGGAGACUGCGAAUGAUGGAAAGACUGAGAUUGGUGUGGACUCAGUCUCAGUUCUUCGUUCUAAUCUGGAGCGUUUAGUUGAUCAAAUCAGAUUUUAUGAAGCCAAGCGUGCGAACUUGGUGGGUAGAGAUCCAGAUACAAGAAGACAAUUAGAAGGGAGUGUUAAAGGUGAUGACUUGAAGGAGCCAAUUGAUACAGAAAUUGAAGCAAAGCUGAAAAGAUUGUAUGAGAAAAAGAAAGCAUUCUAUAAAGAUCUUUCCCAUGCACAAACUCAGGAGAAAAAGGCCAGUGAAGAAAGCAAAGCUCGUAAACAGAAGUUGCGAAGGGCUAUAUUGAAAGAAGCUGAAGUUGUCGUGACUACACUGAGUGGCUGUGGUGGAGAUCUUUAUGGGGUUUGUGCUGAAUCUAUCUUGAGCCAUAAGUUCAGCAGUUCAACAGAAAGCACCCUAUUUGAUGCUGUUGUAGUAGAUGAAGCAGCACAAGCCCUUGAACCUGCUACAUUGAUUCCUCUUCAGCUGUUAAAGUCAAAGGGAACCAGAUGUAUAAUGGUUGGUGAUCCCAAACAGCUUCCUGCUACAGUUCUUUCUAACAUUGCCAGCAAAUAUUUAUAUCAGUGCAGCAUGUUUGAACGUUUGCAACGUGCUGGUCAUCCUGUUGUGAUGCUUACCCAACAGUAUAGGAUGCACCCGGAGAUAUGUCGCUUUCCUUCGUUGCACUUCUAUGAUGGGAAGUUGAAAAACGGCGACCAGAUGUCCAGCAAAGCUGCAGUCUUCCAUGAGACUGAGGGCCUUGGCCCUUACAUGUUCUUUGAUGUCGUUGAUGGACAGGAAAGUCAUGGUAAGAACACUGGUUCGCUAUCCCUCUACAAUGAAUGUGAGGCUGAUGCUGCUGUUGAAGUACUAAGACAUUUUAAGAAGAGGUACCCAUUGGAAUUUGUCGGUGGAAGGAUUGGUGUAAUAACUCCAUACAAGCGUCAACUUUCUGUUUUGCGUUCACGAUUUUCCAGUGCAUUUGGUUCUUCUAUUUCAGCUGAAAUGGAGUUUAAUACAGUUGAUGGUUUUCAAGGUCGAGAGGUUGACAUCUUGGUACUUUCCACGGUUAGAGCAGCUGAACAUCAGGCAUCCAGAUUGAGUUCUAGCAGUAUUGGAUUCGUUGCUGAUGUUAGACGCAUGAAUGUUGCUCUCACAAGGGCCAAAUUUUCCUUGUGGAUUUUGGGAAAUGCAAGAACGUUGCAGACAAACGAGAACUGGGCUUCUCUCCUGAAGGAUGCUAAAGAAAGAAAUUUGGUAACACAAGUUAGAAGACCAUACAACAAUCUUAUCUUCAAUUCAGCUUCACAUGAAAUUCCUCCCGACGAAGGUCCUGGGAAUCAUUUGAGGCAGCUGCAGCACGUCAAUAAGGUAAAAGCAGUUGCCAAGCAUGCUGAUGUGCAAAACAAAAGGGCCAAAGAUAUAUCUGAAAAGAAGAGAAAAUACAUUAUGAGUGAAGCACCUGUUGAUGCUGUGACAGGUGAAAUUGAGCAUGUUGUACCGUCUGUAAAAACCGUUGCACAAAGCAAAAUAAGAGUCACGAACAAAAAUAAUUCUCCGUUGGUAAAGGAUUUUGCAUCUGUUUUUGUUGAAAAUAGCGGGGGCCAAAUAUGCCAGGGUUUGAAGCCUUCCAUUGAUAGAAGUCAAGCCGGGAAUGAGGGAACUUCUGGUAGAAGGAUUAGCCCAAUGAAAAUUAAGAGUAUGGAACUCAAUUCACCAGAUGGAAAUAUGGGUGGAAAUUCGAGCAAUGACCAAGAGCAUUUGGAGAAAGUGAUAUGUGAGAAUCGUAGACAUUUGAAACGUCAAGCAUCCCGAAGGCGUUUAGGUCCUUCCAAGCAUCAAAGAAGUUCGCUGAUGAUGGACACAGGCGUAACAUCUCCUGAAGGAAGCCUGAGUGCAGACAGAGGUUACGUUGAGAAAGCUUCAGGUCAAGUAGAAUUGCCUAAUGAUACAAUUUUGAAAAGAAAACAACAACGUGAUGCUGUUGAUGCUCUUCUUUCUUCUGCUCUUAUAUCGUCAAAGAAGCCCGAAUCCUCAGCAAAAUCUGUGCCCGUUAGGACGCUUUCCUCAACUAGUGUUGAAGGUGGUGUAAUCCGGACCCGAAAAUUGGGAAAAGCCCCACAUAAAGAUACUCAUAUUCCAGCCACGUCCCCCAUAAUUUCAAGGAAAGAAGAAAUACUUGAUGAAAGAUAGUCUAGCUUCGAAGGUGUAAUACUUUUACUGGACUGGCUGGAGAGUUAACCAAGCAUGAGAAAAAACUAAAUCUGGAGAAGAAAACAAAGAAGUUGCCAUAUAAAACUUCUGGCUGCUGAAGAAGGGAAGAUGUCAUUUAGCUCUUAUUGACACACCCACGAUCACUUCUAAAGUUGAUGCUCUUGUGGAAUUAUUUAAUUCCGUAAUCAGGCUCGUGAUCACAAGAGGGAGAAGGCUGUGGACUUUAAGGGGACUGAGGUGAUGUGAUAUCUUCAAAGGACCUUGUGUACGUGAUAAUAGUGGCUUUGCUGCAAUCUUUCAGCUUUAAUCUGUCUUUCCAGGAAAAAGAUUGGCGCUCGUCUUGGCAAAGGCAAGCUGUUGCUUCUGCUUUCUGGUGGGUUAGAUUUGUUUCGCAUGGCUAAUGUUUUCAAGAUUCUGCUUAAUUGAUAGAGACAUUAGUCACGCGACUUUGAGGUCAUUGGUUUGAGUCUCAAUUCUCAAGCCCCCCCUCUCUCUUUCCUCUUUUUUCCCGCGCAAGGCUUGAAGUCUUCCUUGGGAGGGGACUCAAUUGUUGGUCUUGUAUAGUAGCCUUCCAAAUUUAACGAAUCAACCUCAGUUGCGUUGGUUGUCCUCGGCCAAAUCUUGUGUGGUACCAAUGCAAAUAUUAGAAACCAAUGCAUGAGAGACUCAAAAGUUAAUUUUCAUAAUGUGGGAAUUUCAGUUA